CAUGUCCAGUUUACCGAAGCGCGCAAAAUUGGAUGAGGGCAAUUCCGGUGCGCCCAAUGAGGCUGUAACUGAGGCGCUGGAAGCAAUCGAUGCGUGUCAAAACGACAUCGAUGCCCUCAACGAAAAAGCCAGCGAGGAAAUACUCAAAGUUGAGCAGAAAUACAAUAAACUGAGGAAGCCCUGCUAUGAGAAGCGUAGUGAAUUGGUCAAACGUAUUCCGAACUUUUGGGUGACAGCGUUUAUAAAUCAUCCACAAGUAUCAGCCAUAUUGGAUGAAGAAGAAGAGGAAUGUUUGCAUGCCUUAAGUAAAUUGGAAGUAGAAGAAUUUGAAGAUAUUAAAUCGGGUUACCGUAUUCAUUUUCAUUUUGACGAGAAUCCAUACUUCGAAAAUAAGGUGCUAACAAAAGAGUUUCAUUUGGGCACAGGAUCCGAUGAAAAUAGCGAUUGCCCCUCAUCGACCAGUACGGCUAUACAAUGGAAAGAAGGCAAAAAUUUACUAAAACAAUUACUCUCAAAACCCUUCACCAACAAAAAGAAACGAAAUUCCGAAUAUAAGACAUUCUUUGAUUGGUUCACCGAUAACAGUGAUCCGGUCAAUGAUGAAAUUGCUGAAUUAAUUAAAGACGAUUUAUGGCUAAAUCCUCUGCAGUAUUAUCUGGUACCUGAUGUAGAGGUUGAACCAGAAGACGAUGACGAAGAUAAUGAAGACAAUGAAGAGGAGGUAUUCGACGAUGAAGAUGGUGAGGGUGAAGAGGAUGAUGAUGAAGGUAAAUAUUAAAAAAAUAUGUUUUUUUU